UGUCACAGACUUGUGCACGUCGGCGGUGCAGCUGCACGUGUCCUUCCAAUGGAAUUACAGCAAGAGUUUUUACCAAACAAACUCUGGAGAGAAACAUGGAGAGAUCCAGCUUUUCAGAGUAAAUGAGGGCAUCUUGUUUGGUUCCUUUUUCUGAGGAAUUUUUUGUUUUUUUGUGCGUCAGGACUUUCAAACAAAGAGAGGCGUUUCAGUGAGAAGGGAAGUGGAGCUCUCCCCUCGGCUGCAGCCAGAAUUUGGACAGCAUGCAACAAGCAUCAGGCAACAUCAGCAGCGGCUCUAACAGCAGCCGGCUGAAGUUGGUGAACUUCGAGAACGAAGACAACCACAUUUCCCAUCAGACCCAGGGGCUGAGCAGCAACUACCUGGUGGUGCGGCGCGGAAAGCCGUUUAAAGUCACCCUGAUGUUCGACAACCAGGCGUGGAACCGACCCAACCACAGGCUGGUGCUGGAGGCUCGACUAGGUGACCUGUCAGUGAGGAUUCCAGUUCGGUCCCCCAGUAACAGCUUUGAGCCUCUGGGCUGGUCAGCGAUGAUUUACCCCGGAGACCUGCAUCCUCUGUCGGUUACCGUCCACAUCUGCGCGCCGGUUCAGUCGUCUGUGGCGCUGUAUGAGCUCCACCUGGACAUAGAGACUCCUCAGAGAAGACUGACCUAUGAAGUGGGGAAGUUUGUUCUGCUUUGCAACCCUUGGCUGAAAGAAGAUCCAGUGUACAUGCCGCUGGAUGUCCAGCUCACGGAGUACGUCCAGAGCGAUUACGGAGUGGUUUACAUGGGCACAGAAACAAAUGUAGUUGGGAGACCCUGGUCGUUUGGUCAGUAUGAACCAGGAGUCCUGGAGGCCUGCCUGAAGCUUCUACAGGUCAGCCCUCAGCACCUGAGUGACAAUGAGAAGGACUACAUGGCCCGAGCAGACCCCGUCUACCUCAGCAGGGUGGUCUGUGCGAUGGUGAACUGCAAUGACGACUUGGGCAUUCUGCAAGGGAAGUGGCAAGGCAGCUACACGGACGGCCGAAAGCCGACGGACUGGAGCGGCAGCGCCGACAUCCUCAAUCAGUGGCUCUCAUCCAACUGCAAACCUGUGAAGUACGGACAGUGCUGGGUCUUUGGAGCCGUUCUCUGCUCAGUGAUGCGGGUUCUGGGAGUUCCCUCCAGGUUGGUGACGGUCUUCAAUGCUGCCCAUGACACCAACGGAAACGUCAAAGUGGAGGAGGUGUACUCCACCUGUGGGGAGAAGCUGAACCUGUCAAAGGACAGCAUUUGGAACUUCCACGUGUGGGUGGAGUGCUGGAUGAGGAGGGACGACCUCAGCGCGGAGUUUGAUGGCUGGCAGGUUGUGGACCCAACGCCCCAGGAGACCAGCGCAGGCAUGUACCGCUGUGGCCCCUGCCCGGUUGCUGCCAUCCUGCAGCGCCGCCUCAGAGCGCCGUAUGACGCCCCGUUCCUCUACGCCUCCGUCGAUGCCGAUGUCAUCCGGCUGGUGAUCCGGGACCAGCAUGUAGUGGGGAGUAUGGUGGAACCGGACAUUGUUGGCCGGCUGAUCUGCACCAAAAGCGUCGGCUUGGACAGUCCAGAAAACCUGACCUGGACUUAUAAGCAAAAGAGAAGAGAGCAGCACCCGGGCUUGAUGAGCAGCAGUCAGAUGAGCAGGAUUCAACCACGAGUCCAGACUCUGUCUCAUCCCAGCGGUCCAACAGAGGGAAGAACAGCAUCUCCAGGAGCAAUGGCCCCCAGUCUGCAGGUGUCCCUGACCAUGGAUAAGGUGCCGUCGCUGGGCGAAGACAUCCGCAUGACAGUGACGGUUUCUAACGGCUCCGGCAGCCCCCGGGACCUGCUGGAGCACAUCAGCGCUCAGCUGAAGGAGUAUGACAGCAGCCCACAGAAGAGCUUCUGGGUGUUCCACGGCCAAGUCGUCAUCCAGCCGUUUCAAGUGUUGAGGCUCCAUCACUUCAUCUCCUACUCUGACUAUUCCUCCAUCCUGGCGGGGGAGGACUUUGUGAAUUUGGCGGUGGUGAUGAAGGACACGAGGACCAAAGAAAGAUUCCUGGCUGCUCAAGAGUUCAGCAUUCAGGCCCCACAAGUCUCUAUAGAGGUUGAAGGAGGAGACAGCAUGCAGAUGCAGGAGGAGCGCGCUGCACACGUCAGCUUCACCAACCGCUUCAGUAAAGCUCUGAUGGAGGUGGUUCUGACUGUGGAGGGAUCGGGUCUGUUUUUGGGGAAACAGGACACAAGGGUCGCUGUCCUGGAGCCAGGAAAGACGAUCAGGAAGAAGGUCUCUGUAAUGGCCACUUCGCCCGGAACGAAAGUCCUGAUGGCAACGCUGUCGCACAGCAACAUCACUGCUUCAAGGGGUUUCCACAAAGUCUCUGUCGUGCUGCCCUGACGGGACUCCAUCAGUCACAUCCAGUUAACUCUUUAACAUCUGAAGUGUUGUCAAUGACGCUUAAACAAAAAAUCUUUAAUUUCCUGUACCUUUUCAACCGUUAACAUGAUAAUUCCAGUAGAUUUGCGCCGCUUUUCUCCUUCAGAAUCUGUUGGAAUUACAUUUGUUGUGUUCAAAAUUAAAAGAUUACAGCAAAUCAAAGAACAUAAACACUGGAGCUCCGGUGUUAAAAGGUUAACUCUUUCAAAUGAGAAGAAAAAGCAAUUGAAGAAUUAUGAAAAAAACAACAAAAAGGUGUUAUAAUUUACUGAUACAUGCAUAUUUCCUAAUUUUCUCAGACCAAGACAUAUUUUUUUUCUAUGAUGACAUUUUAAUAGUAGAACAGAUUAAUCUAGUAUAAUAAAAUGCUGACCUGUGUAUCAGGACAAAACGAAAACCUGCGAGCGCCACUUUUUCUGUAGUUUGUUCAGUAAAAGUUUUGCAUGUUUUAAUAAUUCUAGUAUCACAAUAUGGAGGUUUCUUGAUUUUAAAAAUGAAAAAAAAAACAAAAAACAUCACCAAUAAUUCCAACCAAAUGAGAGCCAGUCCACAACUGAUCCUUGAUUAUGUUGGUGAGUACUAAAGAAUUCUAGAACAGUUGCAUUUCCUGCUAUAAUUGUCAGAGUUGAGCCCUCUAUUUCUGCCUCUAACCACCUUAGGGAGCUCUCACCUGAGUAUUAACAAGCCCUGCUCCCUUCCUCUACUACAUCUCCCAUGAUCCAUCUCUCUCUGGUGUAAGCCUUCCUCAGCUGUUUCUCAUCACCUCAUCACCACCCUGUAUAUAUGUCACUCUCCAACCUCUGCUCAGUGCGAAGUCUUGUUUGGUCCUCUUACAGUCUGAGUAUACCUUCUCUGUGUUUUUGACUCCUGCCAGUUUAAUUCGCCUUCCUUGUAUUUUUGACCCUUCCCUGGACUCUGACUUCAUUAAUGUCUUGCCCUUGUUCAUUAAAUCAGUUGCUCUUGGAUCCAAAUGUCUCAGCCUCUUUGUCACAAUAAUCCUAGUCUGAAUACUUUUUGCUGAAAAUGGUAACACUAUUUACUUUAAUUGGUGAAGGGAUUUGCUGAAAAUGCAAAAGCUAUUUGCAAAAUGUUAAAUUUGCUAAAAGGCUGGAAAUUUUGUUAAAGAACUAUGAAAGAGCGCUAAAGUUGACUGAAAUUUAUGAAAAACUUGAAGUGAAAUCGCUUAAAAAUUCCUAGUACACGUCAAUUUUGCAAAAAAUUGUGUGUUGCUUAAAUAUGAACUAAACGGCAAAUUAUCCCAAAAUACUUCAGUAAUUCAGUAAACAAAAUAUAUUUUUAAGGAUUUUUUUUCUUUAUUUUUUUCUUUGGGUUUUUUUCGUUUCAUUAAUUGUAAAAUUUCAUGACAAACUGAUCUGUUGGACUAUUAUUGUGAGAGUUCUAAAGAAACGGAAAAAGCAAAAAAAAA